AUGACAGAGCAUAGUUCACGAAGAAAUUCUUUGACUUCAAUGUCAACUACUGCAUCAUCGCAGAACAACAUUUCCGUACAUGAUUUAUCUACAGACAACCUAAUUGCAGUGGAUAGUAAAUUUGUGAAAAAGCCAACAAAGAAAUUUCCCAAUAGUAAUGGAAUCUCACCAAAACUACUAAGUGAUACAAGUUUUCGUAGUCCUCCUAGUGGCGGUAGUUCCUUUUAUUCUAAAGAAGGAGUAUAUUAUUUCCCUAAUGGUGAAGUAUUCAGACCAAGAACAACACCAGCAAAAAGAAAUAGACCAAACAAGAUACAUACUGAUUCUCCACCAACAAAGCCCGAAAAUACUUUUUCACCAGUUGACACUAUCGUACCGAGUAAUUCCUUUGCAACAGAUUCACCAACUCAUAGUCCAGUACAUUCCACCCAUUCUUCAUCCGCAAAUAGUGCGUCUACUUUACCUAGUAAUAGCGGGAAAACUUCAAUACAUUCAAAUAAUUCUUUGACGUCGCUACCCAAGUCAGCUUCCCUUCAGAAUAUUAAAGUGUUAAAUAAACAGAAUUUGGUGCUGACUAUAAGAAGUAACAAAGGAGAUAUUGCAACCAAUAUUGUACUUGAAGAUAGUACCACAAAGAUGCCAUAUGAAUCGUAUCGAAAUAGCAACAGCAGUUCUAGUUUGAAAAAUAGUCACAAACUCCAAUCUCAAAAUAUCACCAAAACCGAGCAAUAUUCCAACACAUCCUCAUUCUCAUCUCAAACAUCUAAUGUAUCCAAUGUUUCCAAUUUGUUAGCGGAAAAUGCCGACAAUUCCCAUUCAAAUGUUAAUCGAUCAGCUACAAAUACUCCAUCUACAUCAAUAAGUGACGACCACAAUCGACUUUCCAAUGAAAUCAGAAACAGCUCUGGGUCAUCUUGUGAUGAGAGUAACAACAAUCGUCCAGAUUCCGCAACCGAAGAUGCUGCCCUAACCACACUAAAUGAGACUAGUGAGGAAACAUUUAGGACAACUCCAGCCUCAACAUUACGAUCAGUUAGUGUGGGCCAUUCGAAUAAUUCAUCUUGGGAUAAUAGAAAUGUAUCUGAUCUGCGUCGAUUUGUACGCGAUGAAUCUGUAUCGUCAAGUUCUCGAAGUGAGAGGAAUGUACCAAGAUCGAGAAAUUUGCAACACUCAUUGUCGAGUCCUCUCACAGUGGGCAAUAAUGAUUCACCAAAUUCAACAAAUAAUUCGUCUGCUGGUAAUACUCCUUCCUUGUUAUAUGACAACACACCACCAUUAGAUGUGCUAAAGCAAAGAGAAUUGAGCAACCGUUCUGGAAACAGUUCGCCAACCUCCUUGUAUGGUAGCAGCAAUUCGAAUAGUAUUUCUCAGUUGGGUGCACCAGUAAAGCCAACAUUAAGAGAUAUAUCUCGUUCGUCAGAAAUGUCUAGUGAAGAAGAAAUUUUCAAGACUCCAGUUAGUUCACCUGAUCAAGAGCUGUUCAAAGAACCCAAAGAUACACCAAAGUUAGCACCACCAUCACCAACGUCGUUAAAGACUGCUACUCCAAUUGUUACACCACCAAACAAGAUCAAUGCUUUCCGGCCGCCUCGAAUUAGUGCUGGAUCGAUAUUAGAUUACAAGAGACUGAAUACAGACACUAGUAUCAGUACAAGCACUAACUCCAGUAGUAGUGGUGGGACUAGUAAUCGAAAAAGUCAAAUAAGUUUGUUACCAGAGCCAACAAUAGAUACCGAAUCAUUUGUUGAACAAUAUUUCCAUGAUUCAUCGCCUGAACUGUACCAGUUGAGUGAAAUCAUUUCGAAUUUAAAUUCUACUCCAACCAAGACUCAUCAUCAGCAACAACAAGAACAAUUAGACAAAGACCAAAUUGAACAAGAACAAAAAGAAUACUCACGAUUAAUCAAUGAAAAACGUCAACUGUUGCGUUCUAGUAGUGCUGGAGCUCCUGUUAAGGAACAUAUUAUCCAGGUUAGUGAAGAUCAAGCAAUAAAGUUUAUUCCCUCACCAACAGAUUCUAUAACCUCCACACCAAGAAGUUCACGAUACUAUGAUAUAAGCUCCAGCACUUUCAACAAGUUUUUGAAUGAUAAACAAGUGGAUAUACCACCAAGAGGUGAUGUCAUGAUUGUCAAUAAUAAUAAAAUCAGAAAGCAUCAUCGUAACGCCUCAUCUACAUCGUCAGCUGGUGAUUUUUUUAAUCCGCAAAAGAAGACACCAGUUAAUGCAUCUGCAGAUCCAGCACCGCCCAUAACACCAAAGAGAAGUCCUAUACAAGAAGUAACGACACCUCAAAUCACAGGUGAUUCUCCGCCACCUCCACCACCAAUUGAAAAGUCACCUGGAAUGAGAGUGAAGGGGAGACCAAAGAAGAAAAGAUCCAAGAAACACGGAGAUAAAAAAUCAGAUACAGAUGGUAAAGAUGAAUCGCAUUCAAGUCUGAAACACAAACCUUCUGAAAAGGUUUCUGGUAAUGCUAUCGGCAAGAAGAAGGAAGUUGAAGAGUUCACUAUUCCAAUAGCGAUUCAAACGCAACCUAUAAAAGCUCCACCACCACCACUCUCAUCAGCAACCAACCCUAAUGUACCGGAUCGUCGUGAUGCACUGGGACAUCUGACCAGUAAUAAAAGUAGUGAAAAUGAAAGAGAUCCAAGUCCUACACGACUGGUUUUAUAUGAUGCAUCUGGUACUUUUGAAGAAGAAUUGGCCAAACAAUCUUUAAAAUUAAAGGAUAUGAAAAACGAAGAACAAUUUGAAGAUCCUGUAACUCCAGAGAAAAAGCCGUCAAAGCCUGUUAGAUCAUUGUUAUUGAAUGAAGAUGCUGACAAGAGUAAGAAUUUAGGAAACAGUUCAAAUAAAUCAGAAUCGAAGUUGAAUGAAUUACCCGCAAAGACAUUGAAAAAGACGAAAUCAUUACCAUCGGUGGUUUCCGAUAAAUCACAAGUUCCUGAUAUACUUGUUCCAUCAUCUGAAAAGUUGUCAGCACAUAGUAGGUUUGAACCAACACGUAAACCACCUCCAAUUGGGAAGAAUGAACAAGACUUUUCCAACACAACGGUUGCAGAUGAGUCUUUUGAUCUGAUUUCACAUCCACCACCACCACAGCCAAUGCAACCAAAACAACAAUUUCACAAAAACCUGCCUAAAUCCCAUAUCUAUCAAAGUGGUACUAAUGCAGCCAUAGAGGGAAACCUUCCACUUAAUCAACAAGAUACUAAGAAAGGUGGUACUAAUUUCAAAUCAUUUUUUAAGAUGUUUAAACCUCAAAUUCAUGAAAAAUCAAUGGAAAAAUCAGAAUCAACCACUUCUUUGGCGUCUGCAGGAUCCGCUGGAUCGAGAUUAUUCAAGUUUAGAAGACAAAAGAAAGAGGAUCAAGAAGAUUUGCCAGUGAUUGCUGAAAAACAGAAACCACAAUUAGGUUUCAAUAAUGAGAAUAGAGUUUCGGUAUUGAGUGAAAUAGCCCCUUCGAUAAAAUUGGGGUCAUUACCUGAUUUUGAACCUGAAGAAACUGGGUUAUUUGAAGAAUUGAUGUUAACCUUUGAUGAAAAAUUUGAAAGUGAAUUAACACCAACGUCACCACCAAAUUUUAUUCAUAAAAUUACUACUGGGUCAAGUAGUUUGAAUGAACCAUUUUUAAGAGAUGAUGAAUUAUCGAUUGCCCAAAUUCAAGAUCAACAAUUGAAAGAUGAUGCUGAUGGAGAAUCGGGUCCAUCUAUGUCUAGUGGUGAUGAAAAUGAUGAAACUGAAAAUAUGUAUUUUAUUCAAAGUGAAGCACGUUGGGCUACAAUGGAUGAAGGUGCAUUGAAUGCAUAUAUUGAUAAAAGUCUGGAGGCUACUCUUGAUGCGAAAACUAGUAGAGAAUUGGAAAAAUUUAGAGAUCAAAUGGCAGCAGCAGCAGCAGCGAGUGCAGGUCCAGGUGCACCUACUAUCACUACUACUGAUGCUGGUCCGGCUGUUGGCUUUGGUGAUGCUAGAACUGCUGGUGCUUCUGCUAAUACUACUAGUCCUGUACCCAUCACCGAACAUAAUGAAAAAGUUUCUACUCCAGUUAUUACUGCUACUCCUUUAAUUGCACCACUGCUUGUUGGAACAUCUAAAAAUAUUAGAAUGCUGGCUGAUGAAAAAUUUGACCCAGUUGUUGAUGGUUCUGAAACAAGCAGUACUCGAGAUGGAGUCAAAAAAUCAAUGGUUAUCGAUAGUCAAGAAUUACAAUAUAUUUUCAAUAAUCUUACUGAUGAUGAAAAGAAAAAUUUACCACCUCAUUUGAAAUAUAUUCGACAAUUUAAAGAUUAUCCUAAAAUUGAAGUUGAUAUGAAAAAAUUUGAAGAUUUAUCAGAAGUUAAAUUAUUUGUUGAUGAAUCAAUGAGCAAGAGAUCGAUUUUGAAAAGACGUAAGAGGAUGGGUGGUGGUGGCGGUGGAUUCACUGCUACUAUGAAACAAACUAUGAUUGGAGGAGGAGGAGGUAGUUCUGGCUCAUCAUCCAAUUCUAAACGUGUUGUUUUCACCAAUAAGAUAUCUAUUAAUGAAACGUUUGCCAGUGAUAUGUAUAAGAGAUAUAAUAAAGCCGUUACCCAAUAUUCUUUGAGUGAUCCAAAAGAGAUUAAUAAGAUCAAGAAUGAAUUGAAUUAUUAUAAAUGUAAUGAAAUGUUGGUUCAUGAAAGUUCUCAAAAUAAUACACAUUUCUUUUACUAA